AUGAAGUUCUCCAUCGUCACUCUUGCCCUCGCCAGCGUCGCCUACGCCAGCUCCGAGUAUGUCGCUGCUGCCAGCGAUGCCGAGAUGACCGAGUUCUUGCAGAACAACGCCACCCCCGGCCUCGACAUUGGCAAGCUUCUCGGCGGUCUCAAGCCGUUGCUGAAGAAGGCCAAGUGCGUCGCCCCUGCCAUCAUCAAGUCUGCCAACGGCCUCAAGUGCGACGGCAAGGGCCCUUUGGAUACCCUGUGCGGUAACAUCGAGACCAUCGCCAAGGAAAGCGAAAGAGAUAUCAAGAAGUGUGGCAUUGAAAAUUCCACUGUCGGCACUGUCACCAAGGUCCUCAAGGACCUGUGCGAAAAGGGCAAGAAAUUUUAG